AUGGCUGCUCAGCUCCCAUCCGAUUGUCUCAUCAACAUUUUCUCUCAUUUCGAUGGUGAUGUGAGGUCAUUACAUUCUUUUCUACUGGUGUCUAAAAACUGGUGUCUCAACGUUCUUCCCAUCCUAUGGAAGAGGACAUUUUACCUUGUUUCUCAUAGUUCCUUUUCAUCUAGGAGGAGGAGCAAGCUGAUAUCAACCUAUUUGGCAUGUUCGAAUGUUGUACCCAUACCGGCUGCGGAAAAGGGAUACCGGAAACCAUUAUUUGAUUAUGCUUCAUUUUUACGUGGAUUCGAUUUCUACCAAGUUUACCAUGCUAUAGGCAAUUGGUACGCUUUCCAGACCAUGAAUAAGCGAAGACUGAUCAAGUUUGACAGAUUCCCUGGGAAAGAUGACGACGAAUGUUGUAUAUUGUUUAUCACCAAAGAGCUUAUCAAACAUUUGAUUCAGAAGUCCCCGAUAAUUGAUUAUUUCGCUCUAGAUGCGGAACAUUCGAUUCCACCGGAAUGCUGGUCAAUAUCGACCUUCCCGGAUGCUCACAAUUCUUUAAGGUAUAUAAGGAAAUUCAUAUGCCGUGGCAAUGCAAAUAAACAAGAAGUCUACGAUGCACUCUCCCAAUGGUGUAAAGGUAUCGAGUUCCUAUCCAUUUAUGGAAUGGGCGAUAAUCCCAUGGGCGAGUCGCUAGCCAACUUGAUUCGGGGUCAACGUCAACUUCACGAAUUCAUUCUUUGGGAUGGCACGCAAGAUCAAUUGCCUCGAAUUAUUCGUGCCUUAACGACGCAUGGCGAAAAACUCGAGUACCUAGAAUUUAGAUUUUGUGAUUUUUCAAAAUGCAUGCCUUUAGAGACUUUGGCCAUGUCAUGCACCAAACUAACGACGCUUAAAUUAAUUCAUUGCGGCGAUCUACCCAGCAGUCUUUCUCUCACAUUCCCAACUCCGAUAUUUCCCAAUCUCAAUCAUCUGGAUUUACAAAUGACUCAUCUGCCGAGCGACUCGUUGGAAGUCAUCCUGAAAUGUGCGAAUAUUAGCUUAAAGAGUGCACACAUUGAAGGAAUAAGAAUUGGUAAUAGAUUAAGGAUACUAGAUAGCAUAUCGAAUUAUUGUCCCAACAUAAUUCAUCUCAAGGCUCAUAUAAAAAAAGACAAACUCUCACAAUUGAUAAAUCUUUUUCGCUCAUGUCGAAAAUUGGAAACGUUGAAGAUUUACGCAACACUACCGGACCCUCUUUACGCAUUCGUCCAAGAUGCAAAUGAUGACUUAUUAAAUAGUUUACGACAAAUAGUCCCGUCGACAUUAAAAAAAUUUGUGUUGAAAACGGAUUGUGCGUUUACUGCCCAUUGCGUCGAGAUAUUUCUCAGAGAUUGCAGUACAAACUUGAGAACCUUGGAAUACAUUAGCUAUGGUGGCGCGUGGCAACACAUGAAAGUUCUGAAAAAGUAUGCGCGAGAAAGGGACCUGGAGAUCAAAAAACAAAUCGCCGGGAAUUAUCAAACUCUAUUGACGAGGGAUAUAGGUCAUGUGAUUGUCGAAUUUGGUGAGAAGAAAGAAUAG